GUUGUUUAACCGCAGUUGGUAUUCGCGAAUAAGCGCUCCAAAAUUCUCUAUUUUUUUUUUCCAAUUCGAAGCACUUCCUACCGGUAUAGUAAGGCUUUAGAAGGCAAGUAAACAAUCAGUUCCUAGCAGAGACGUGAAGGCUCUGGACGAGCUUGGGAUAAGGCUUACUACUAUCGCGUUGGUGUCGUUACUUAUCGGGAGAUAUGCCCAAAUCGUGGGCAGAGCGUAUGACGCAUAAGCUACAACUUUCGAAUAACAAAUAGCCAACGUAGUUUUUGAUUGGAUCUCACGAAGAUAUUCUAUCGUUGCAACAGCAAGUAGUGCCUUGCGCAACCUUCGAGACCUGUGCUCCUUAAAUAACCGUUUACUUGGUGUUAAUGUUAUCCCCAGUUCUUGUUCUUACUGUGGCCCUACUACGGGCGAUUCCGAUCGCAUGGACCUACAUGAUGUCGCCGUUGAUUGCCCCAGACAUACCUCACGAGUGCAGCGCUCCCCCGGGCCUUAACAAAACUCUUUGGAGAAGCUUCGCCCAACCCGACGAGUGUACAGCUUUUCCACUUCAAACGAUUUUCAACGGCAUCAUCUUCUACGAGCCGGAGAAUGGUACUUUACGUCAACCCUGCGAGUUUGGCUGGGUAUAUGAUACAAAGCACUUUGGGCCUACGGCAACAUCGGAAUGGAAUCUCGUAUGCAGGGACUCUUGGAUGCGAUCGGGCGUUCAAUCGACGAUCAUGGCAGGGUCGUUUAGCGGAGUAACAAUUUUUGGCAAGCUUUCUGACGCAUUUGGUCGAAAGAAAACGUUCUACGUUGGCGUGUUAAUAGCUGCAUUAGUGGGUGUUGCUGGGACAUUCGCAUCGUCCCUGCUAUGGUUUAACGUUUGCCGUUUCGUCAUUGCCGGCUGUGCGGCUGGACUUACUGCGGCCAUUGUGACAUUAUUUAUGGAAGUCAUGCCAAACACUGACCGUGUACUGAUGAAUGUUGGCUUCGGAAUCGGUUACGUUAUUCCCAUGGCUCUCAUUGGUUUUAUGUCCUGGAUGUUUCAGAAUUUUCGCCUGAUGCAACUUGCUCUGGGGUUAUCGUUUUUGCUCGUCGUACCAUUCUACCCAUACAUUGAAGAGUCGCCAAAGUGGCUUUUAGCUAAAAAUAGAGUUGACGAAGCUGCAAAAUGCAUCGACCGGAUACUGCGGCGAAGUGGACGGUCCGCUUCAGACAUGACGAAAACGAUGGUUCGGAUAGCUGCCCAGGCCCAGAGACAUCCUGAAAAAUCUCAACCAACCUUGGGUGAUCUGCUAAGGUUGUCAACCUUACGAAUCAAUGCUGUAAGCAUUUUCACUCUGUGGUUUUGUGAGUCGAUCACGUACUACCAUAUCAUGUUGAAUGCGCAUAAAUUUCCCGGAACUCCACAGCUGAACUACGCACUUUCGGCGUCCGCCGAAAUUCCCGCCGCGCUAAUUGGUAUUUGGGUAUGCCGACGCAUUGGUCGACGAAUCUCACAGAUCGUUCCUAUCCUGUUAAGCGUUGUUAGUUUAUCUUUGGUUCUGUUUUUUAUACCCCGUUCAGCAACGUGGCCGAACUUGCUCGCCAUGAUGUGGAUACGGUUCCUUCUUAAAUCUCAAAAUUUCACGCAGUGGAUUGCUGUUCAUGAGAACUUUCCUACCCCAUUAAGAUCUACCGGUUUCGCGCUCUGUCACAUGUUCUCGCGAUGCGGAGCGGCUAUGGCGCCCUUUGUUGUAGACCUCGGUCGAACCACGCAUUCAGCUAUACCCCACAUUGUAUUUUUUAUUUCUGCAGCAAUUGAAUGUGUCUGCCUUCAGUGGUUACCGGAGACAUUGGAUGAGCCUUUGCCGGACACCCUUGAAGAUUUGGAAGAAGUUUGUAAAAAGAAAAAUGAAAACAAAUAAUGCCUAGAAAUUCAUUACGAGCAUAUACGUGGCAGAAAAAAAAUUAAGUGUAGUUCUGACUCUGCGUAGUUUAUGCUUGUUUAGAUAAGGCCUUUAACUUGUAAAGGCGCAAGUAAAAUUCCAGCGAAUGUUAGCUAGAAUUCAAAUAUUCUGAAUGAAUUAUGUCCAAAUAGUCUCAUAAAGCUGACGAUUUAGCUACCAGCUGACUGAUGUGGUUGCGUGUGCGCAUGCUUUUAUUUACUUCAAUUUAUGUCCCUUGACGUGGUAAAAAACGUAUGCAGAGCAUUUGUUUGAAAUGUCCUAUUCUACAGUACAGUUCUUUUGAUCCCUUGGAAAUAUAGGAUAUGGCCCAACUUUUCUUGCAGCUUUGCGCGGAGGGUCCAGACGGCCUUCAGGCUUAUGGCAGGACUACAAUCCGAGUUGCACAGUUUACCUUCCGUUUUAAAAACUAUAGGUUGAAUAAUGUAUGUGGCGCAACUAGAUACUCGUUUGAUUGCCGAUGCAGAACAUCAAACAUACAAGUCGCUAACGCACAACGACACUCCUGAACCCACAGAAAUGGCCUCUCGGAGGCGUUCACGUCAAGAGAUACGUUAAAACUCGCGGCGCUCUUUUUUGCCGCAAUGUACGAAGAAGCAAUGCCCUUCAAAAAAUUUCACAGCACGUGAACUAUUGUAAUAUCUUGGGAGCCUAUGCAACAAAAAAGCCGCUGGUCCUGAUAAAAUUUGCAAGCACGCUAUGGUGACACUAUUCAAUAGAUGCUUACAUACAGCUGAAUGAGAAGGUGCUACUUCAUUUAAUGAUGCCUAAAAGAAAGAGCGGCCCAACCGCACUGUCGUCAUAGCGGGGAGUAGCGAAGAAAAGUGUUUGUUAUAAGCUGCUUGCCAGCUUGUUGACUAAGAAACUGAACGGUUAUUUAGAGAGCAUACAUGAAGAAACAUAUUUUCUUUAAAAAACUUUUCACAGAGACGGCGUGCGGGAUCCCGAUAGCGGACGUGAAGAAAGCACUGCCUACAUCGUGCAAUUUGCUAUACAUGACGUUUGUCGAUAUCAAGGGGGCCUUCGCCUCAGCGCCCGGGACAAAGCUAUGCUCACAUUGGCCGAAGUGGAUUUCCCUAUGAAUAGAUUCAAGCUUCUCCUUCAUUGCAGCUCCAGAAGAGAAGGGAAUAACCAUCGACGACACACUGGCCAAAGUCCUGCCUUUCACGAAGAAAACUGGCUUGACUUAGAGGCACGACCCAAACCUAAGGAAUAAUCUCCCUGAUGAAAUAAGAGGGCCAAAAGGAAUCACUUUAAAUAAUAUUGUGCGCACAUAAUGACACAUUUAAUGAUAUACGGGCCGAACGGGUUUUAAGUUUAUCACAAACCGUAAACCUGACCAAGAUAGGAACGAUAAAGUUUGGAGACGGAAGCAGGACAGCGAUUAUUGCACCUUGUACCUUACCAGGUUGCCUAUGUAUAUUUUCAUCCCUGGCUUGCUCUUCUCCGCGAAAGAUAGAAGUUUUAUUGUGCAGGAAGAUACAGGAAAGCAGUGUUGGCCGUAUAGGCGAUCAAAUCGUACACGUUUGCCCCUCGCAAUCGCUCUCUACUCGCACGUAUUCAAGGUAGCUCCGAUUAUAACGGAUGGGAUACGCAUUAUUUGGGAAGAUCCCACGGUGGAAAACUGCAAAUAAUUAAAUCGCAUUAAAGCCUCUUUCCUUAAAACAGCAUUGGGAUUAAGCAUAGUAAGCCAAAAUCAUCUCGUGUGUCCUUUGGCCGACUCACCACUGCUGACCGAGGACCCACAUUAUCGCUUUGAGCUUCCAGCAGCGGAAGACCGAUCUUAGGAAGUGGUAGCAAAAAUUGGGAACCUCUUUGCUUUGAGUCUGAUGAGGAACAACAAGUGAACUAGCUAAAUAUACAUGUCGUCACCCGCUUUGCCGUGCAUCAGCAACAUAGACCCUAUAUUAAACCAAGUCCCUGUGAGCUUUGAGACGAGAAAAAAAAUGUAGCAGAUAUCCUACCGUUCAUUGCUCCUUGGUACCAUCUUUAAAACAUUAAUUCUAUGUUGAAAUUGAAAAAAUAUGUAUGAAUUUUUUCCUGAUAUAGGGACACUGUGUUGUUUACCUGUAUGUAUGGUGUUUUUGACUACUAUCCGUAAAGGUGAAUAAAUGAAAUUUCAUUCAAGAAGAACUCCGACUAAUCCACUUAAAUGUAAUCUUUACAAUCGAGUUUCUCCAGGGAUUCCUUACGUUCGGAACUGGAUGAUGAAGCUACUACUAGCCUUACAAUUAUAUUGUGUUUAUUGAUAUUACAACAGUAUUUAACCUUAUAUUAGGACUCGCUUUGCGAAAUACUUAUGAAAAAAAAAGCCACCAAACAAUAUAUGUAAAUUCAUUACAAUC